AAAACCACACGAGAGAAGAGAAGGAAAAAAAUAAUAAAAAAAAAAGGCAGUUCAGCCGGUCACGAGCCCCGCCGUCGCCUGCCGGAGUGUGGGUGCCUGGUGCCCCUCCAGUACAAGAAAUGGCCGGGUGCUGGCUCCUGAUCUGCUGCUGCGUGGCGGCGUGUCUCCUGCCCACGGCCCUGAGUGCCAACAGAGGAGAAGUCUGUGACUGCAACGGGAUGUCCAGGCAGUGCAUCUUCGACUUGCAGCUCCUGAGGGACACGGGGAACGGGUUCCGCUGCCUCGGCUGCCUGGGCAACACGGAGGGUGUCCACUGCGAGCGCUGCAAGGAGGGCUUCUUCCGCCAGCGGGAGCAGGACUGCUGCCUGCCCUGCCACUGCCACCCCCAGGGUGCCCUUGGCCCGCAGUGCGACAGCGACGGCCGGUGCAGCUGCAAACCCGGCGUGAUGGGCACGAAGUGCGACCAGUGCCAGCCGGGCUUUGAGCACCUCUCCGGGGCCAGGUGCCGGAGGAGCGGGCAGAGCCUGCAGUGCGAGUGCGACCCGGCUGGCAGCACGGGGGGCUGCUUCUCUGGCCGCUGUGUCUGCAAGGAGAGCACCACCGGAGAGCGGUGUGAGAGGUGCAAGCGAAGCUUCUAUAACUUGGACGCCAGAAACCCGGCGGGAUGCUCCCCCUGCUUUUGCUACGGACACUCAGCUGUGUGUGUCAGCGCGGACAGCCACAGCAUCUACAACAUCACCUCCACCUUCCAGCAAGGUGCUGAAGGCUGGCGAGGUGUCCACGAAAGCGGGUCCCCAGCCCAGCUCCAGUGGUCCCCGCGCCAUCAGGAUGCAUUCAUAGCGGCGAGGAGAUCGGAGCCGAUAUACUUCGUGGCACCUGCGAAAUUCCUCGGGAACCAGCAGCUGAGCUACGGCCAGACACUCUCCUUUGAUUAUCGCCUGGACCGAGGGGGACGCCAGCCAUCUCCGCACGACGUGGUCCUGGAAGGAGAUGGCCUGAGAAUCGCUGCCCCCUUCUUGCCCCAGGAGAAGGUCCUGCCCUGCGGCGUCAGCCAGACGUACACGUUCAGGUUGGACGAGCACCUGAGCAGCAAUUGGAGCCCGAGGCUGAAUCACUUUGAAUAUCGCAGGCUGCUGGGAAACCUGACAGCUCUCUGGAUCCGAGCCACCUUUGGGGAGUACAGCACCGGCUACAUCGACAACGUCACCCUGGUGUCGGCGCAGCCCGUCGCUGGAGUCCCCGCUCCCUGGGUGGAACGCUGCGAGUGCCCGGCGGGGUACCGGGGGCAGUUCUGCGAGAGGUGCGCCCCUGGAUACCGCAGGGAUACCCCCAGCAUGGGGCCCUUCAGCAUCUGCGUGCCGUGCAAUUGCCAGGGGGGAGGAAUUUGUGAUCCCGACACCGGUGAAUGCUACUCGGGAGACGAAAACGUGGGCAAUAUUUUCAGCUGCCCCUUCGGCUUCUACCGAGACCACCGGCAGCCGCACAGCUGCAGGGCAUGCCCCUGUGGCAACAGCCAAGGCUGCUCCGUGGUGCCGGGCAGCGAGGAGGUUGUCUGUGACCGCUGCCCUCCUGGAGCUGCUGGGAUCAACUGCGAGUACUGUGCCGAUGGCUAUUUUGGAGACCCGGCAGCUUCCCGGCCCUGCCAGCCGUGCCGGUGCAACGGCAACGUGGAGCCCAACGCUGUGGGCAACUGCGACCGCCAGACGGGCGAGUGCCUCAAGUGCAUCUACAACACCGCCGGCUUCUACUGCGACCGCUGCAAAGACGGCUUCUUCGGGAACCCCCUGGCCCCUGAUCCUGCCGACAAGUGCAGAGCCUGCACCUGUGACUCGGCUGGUGCUGAGCCUCUGAAGUGUGGGAGUGAUGGGAGCUGCAUCUGCAAGCCUGGCUUCGAGGGUCCCAGCUGCGAGGAGAGCACAUGCCCUGCUUGCUACAGCCAGGUGAAAGCCCAGGUAGACCUGUACCUGCAGCAGCUGGUGGAGCUGGAGCUGCUGUUCUCAGAGGUGCGAGCUGGUGGUGGGAGUGGGAGCCAGGAGCUGGAGAGGAGGAUGCAGCUGGCCGAGGAGAUGCUGCGGACCAUCCUUGGGGAAGCCCUGAGCCUGCAAGCCUCCGACAGGUCUCUGGAAAGCCGUGUGGCUAGGAUGAAGGGGCAAGGGUCCAGCUCCCAGAGCCGCUUGGAUGAGAUCAACGCAACAGUGGCGAGGCUGAGGGCUCUCGGGAGCCAGUACGAGAGGCAAGUGCAGGACAUCCGGCGGCUGCUGGAGAGAGCCAGGCUGGACCUGGACCGCAGUGGAGUCGCUCUGAGUCGGGUGACCAUUCACAAUUCAAACCUUCCCGGGGGCUCGAGCCAGUUCUUGAUGCUGGCCCAGGAGGCUCUGAGGCUGGCCAACAGCCACGCACAAGCAGCCAACACCAUUGAGCAAGCCGCGAAGGCGGCGCAGGAGGAUGCACGGCAGGCGCUGGAGCUGGUGCGUGCGGCUGCCGGCGGAGAGGCGACCGCCUCCGGUUCCCUGCAAGGGCUGCUCGGGAAGUACGAGGACCUGAAGUCGUUGGCUGGAGGUCUGAAGGCUGAGGCUGAUGGGAUGGCCUCCGAGGCAGAUAAGGCUUAUCAGGGCAGCCUGGUGCUCCUCAGCUCCCUGUCCCGCCUGACGAAGACUGACAUCAGGUCCUUUGAGGAGGAAGCCACCCGGCUGAAGCAGGAUGCCAGCGCUCUCCUGAGCCUGGUGGACACCUACAUGGCACAGUACAGGCAGCUGCAGGGCCGCACGGGGCGCUGGGAAGAAGAAAUCAAGGAGCUGCUGCAGAGGGGAGAGGGCGAGAGAGCGAUGCUGACACAGCUGCUGUCCCGAGCCAACCUCGCCAGGAGCACAGCCCUGCAAGCCAUGAGUGCUGGCAACACCACCUUCUACGAAGUGGAACAGAUCCUGAAGAGCCUCCGGGAGUUUAACCUGCAAGCAGAUGACAAGAGGAGGGAAGCCGAAGACGCCAUGAGGAGGCUACCGAUUAUCAGCAGCAUGGUCGCAAGUGCCAGAGAGAGGACAGACCGAGCUGAAGCGAUCCUGGGCAGUGCCGCUUCACAAUCCAAGGCAGCCAGCAGCGCGGCAGCAGAAGCGAAGGAGAUCACCAUGGGGAUCCAGCAGGAGAUUACGCGGCUGAAGGUGGAAGCCAACAAGACGGCUGAUGGUGUCCUUGCCCUGGAGAAGGCAGUGGCCAUCUUGAGGCGUGAGGCCAAGGAAGUGGAUGGAGAAUUUGAGAGGAAGCUUUCGGAGGUUGAGGCGGAUGCUGCUGUGAUAAAGGAGACAGCUCAGAAAGCUCAGAGCAUCCACGCCAAGGCUGGCCGGGCAGGGGUGGUCGUGCAGGAGACGUUGAGCGCCCUGGAAGAGCUACUGCGUCUGAUGAACCAGCCUGGUGCCGUAGAUGAGGAGGGCCUGAAGCAGCUUGAGAUGAAUUUUAGCAAAGCCAAAGCCAGAAGCAACCAGCUGAAGAACGAGAUGUCGGAGCUGGAGCAGACAGCCGUGCAGCAGAAGUCCCGGAUGCAGACGCUGGAGAGCAGCAUUGAUGAGAUCCUGGCAGAUAUUAAGAACCUGGAGGAUAUCCAGAGGAGUCUUCCUCCAGGCUGCUACAACACAAAAGCCAUUGAAUUGCCGUGAGCGAGCUCCGGAAAGGCUGCAGCGCCUGCCAGGCUGUGAAGGCAGGAGAGCCUGGCCCAGCUGCCCCCCCCAGACCCGGCAGGACCGGCUGCGUUUGAUUGUGUUGAACCGAUCCUUACCCUCAAGUUCAGUGUGGCAGCUGAAGUUUGCAUUGUCACGCUGGCCCUGGAGAGUCCCUGAUUUUCAAAGUGGUCCAUCCCUUGGUGGUGGGAGGAAGGAGGUGCCUGGUUGCCUGAAGGUGCUACUGGCUGAAGAACAGCCCAUUCCUACAACAUUUCUCUGAGGUGCAGGUGGGGGUUGCCUGGUGCCAACCUUGGGAGUUCGCGCGAUUCAGAGCCUGAAGUUCAUGGCUGAUGGUGUCCUGCGGAUCCCCUCUCCUGGUCUGGCACACACAAAAGGACUGCAGUCUCUGUCCUUAGUUCCGACACUGCCGCCACCACCACCUCCUCCUCGUGUUCUCCAUGGGGGCCUUCGGCAGCUCAGGAGCAGGGAGCAAGCAGCGUGAAGCGGCAGCUGGGGGAGACGAGUCUUGAGCUGUUGCAUCGGUGAUGCUUCAUGUGGCUUUCUCCUCCCAGCCUGCCCAGUCCUCACCUUGCUGGGAGUGGUGCUGGUGUGGUUUUGCUGUGGCUUAGAGAUUCGACAUCAGACGCCACUGAUGACCUUUUUCAUAAAGCUGCAGCUCUCCUACGGUGCUUCCCAGUGAGGUGGUUACUGUUUUGCUAAAGGGGGAAAAAAAAAAAAGGUGCCGGCUGCCUUUGAGCUGAGGGUGAUGUGGUGGAUGGAGGAAGAAGGGGAUCCCAGGCUGGCAGGUUAGCAGCGGAGGAGAGAACUGCUGGGACUCCUCAAAUGGAAGUUCUUUCCUGCUCCCUCCAGCCAGGAGGAGAGGACUCCCUUUCAUCCUCCCACACUUCUUUUCAAGCUCCAAAGCCCCUAAGGAAUGACUUUCUUGUCAAAACUCCUCCUGGGCAAGCACAGGUCUCCCUACAUUCCCCUUACACACUCAAGCACAACCUUUCCUUCCAAGACUGGCCAGUUUGGCACCAAGCAGCUUCCUGGGUCUUCCAGAGCCUGGGAGAAACAAGGUGGUGUCCCCUCUGCACAAGCACCCCGGACCCCGCAGCGUGUGUCACAGGAACGGGCUUCUCCAGGGGUCUGCAGCCACAAGCUCUCAUCCUGAGAGCCCGGUCCCAUCCUGCUGGAGUGCCAGCACCCUGAUUUGAUCCAUUUAAAAAUAUUGACGAUGUCUUGAAUGCAUCUCUGCAUCUGGUUUGGUGCUGCCCGUGUCCCUCCCUCCCUCCCUCCCUCCUGCGUGGUGCUGGAUGUUUCUCAGAGGCUCAAGUAGUUGUCCGCAGGGUUUCCCACUGUACGUCUGAGCAGAGCUUGGAGGAGCUGAAGACCACGGUGCUCCCCUCACCCACCCACGGCUUUCCUGUGGGUCCAGCUCCAUUCUGACACUGCUCCCAGCUUCCUUUAGAUGACAUUUCAGGGGAAAAAAAGAGCUAGUAGGUGCUGGAAGUCAACUCUGCUGAAGCCCCCUGACCUGCGUGGUGGUGAAGGAGGAGGUCCUGGAUGGAGGAGGACACUAUGGGGGACACGCUCUGAUUCUCUGAUAAACAGCACCCAUGCUUUUGCUUGAUAAGGAUGUACCAAGUGCGAGAUGUAUUCUUGCCUCUGGCAUGUAUUCCUUCUCCCGUUGUACAGCACAGGGACGGGUGUUAUGGACCUGACUUUAUUUUUGCACAAGUUGGGUUUUUUGAAAGGGACGAGGUCAAUAAAUAAUGAAUACUUUUGC